CUUGGCGCGCAGAGUUUUGCCCCCGCCACCUGCACGCAUAUCGGCGCCAUCCCGGAUCUAACGAAAACGCACGCACAAACUGCGAUCACAUUGCAUGAUAGAUUUUCCAUUUCUCGACCAAAGGUUUUCGUUCUUUUUUUUCUUUUCUCCUUUUCUCAUGUUCUAGACAUCGACUUGUUCUGGGUCUUGGGCGCACAUGCAGCGAAAUUGUGGGUUGGCGUUCUGUACUUUGGCCAGCGCGCCACAACGGUUUCUGGGUCGCUUGGCUACAUGGCCGCUUCUAGCGCGAUUCCUGCACAGCCUUUUCUUCACGAUUGUCUUUCACACAUGUUUACUUCGGAGGACACUUGUGCUUAAUGGUUUCUUCUGCGAGGUUGGUUUUGGUAGCACAGCCUGCCACUCCUCGCUGGCCUUCGACUUCGACCGUUCUCUGACAGGCUGCCUUGGCCUGCUGCACCGAGAUGACGAAGGCCUUUCACGUUCCCGGUUACGAACUCUCGAUCGUCGCCUUCCGAGCCGGGUUGUAAUUAAUGGCAUCAGAUCUUACGAAGGGCGUCCUUUCAUUGCGCGGCGGAAAAUACCUAUUUCUUCAGGGCUCGAGAUACCACACAGCAUAGUUUCGGGCGACAGGCAAAGGCCUGUUUGGUGCAUCACUGCGACAAAAGCAGAGUCCUGAUAGUAACAUCAAAAUACGAAAAAAAGAUAUCGGAAAGCGGACGCCGCAGGAAAGAAUAUUUCAGCUUCGUUUCGCAGUGAUUUGACUCGAACAUGCAGUGAUUUGUGACUGCGCAAUCAGCCACGCUCGACUCUGCGUCAAUCUACUGG